AUGGAAUCGCCACGGAAGGACCCCAGUGUCUUCCACUUUAGCCAUCCACAUCCACUGGAAUUAACAACUUCAACCCCAACCUUAAACGCUGCCUGCUCUGGGUGCAAGCUCAACGUUGCGCCUGGUAAGAGCUAUUACGGCUGUAAAUCCUGUGCCUUUUGUCUUCACUAUUUCUGCUACAAAUUGCCCAUCAUAACUCAGCACCCUGCUCAUUCUUCUCACGAUCUGGUCCUCCUCCUUGUACCGUCAUCCUCUGCCGCUAGCAAUGGCACCGUCAAGUGCCUGGCCUGUGGCCACCAUAUCACUGCCUUCUGCUACCACUGUGCUGAAUGUAGCAUCUACUUCCAUGCAUUCUGUCUGGCGCUCCCUCUUUCCCUCUCAACCGCCUAUCAUCCUCACAAACUCAAGCUCGAAUUUUCACCUCCUUACGACUUCUUUUGUGAUGUGUGCAAGAAGACCAGCUAUAAUGGGUGGCUAUACCGAUGCAACUUGUGUGAAUUCGACAUGCAUCUAGCUUGUGCUGUUCAGAAUUUAGAGCCCCACUCUCUUCACCACCCUUCUUUCUCCCAGUCCAACACUUUGUUGAGAAAAAUUGGGAGUCCUCAAUUGACCCAUAUGAAGUCCAAUGGAGGUGUGGAUGAUAAUAGUAUAGGCUCGGAGAUCUUGCAUUUGUUGGCACGGCAAAUGGGAGGCGAAAUUAGAGGGAACACUCGUGGCAAGGUUCUUGGAUGGGAUAAGAGGAUAUCCAGUCCAAGACAAAGUAGGAUGGCAAGUGUAGAGUUGCAGCUAACAGAACAAAGUUCUGCUAGAGAGUCGGGAAAUUUAGAGGCAAGAACAACACUUCAAGAUAAGUUGACCCCGCGUUCUGAUGUUAGCACACCUCCAAGUUACCAAUUUAGCGAUGCUUGUUUUUCAAUAGACUUGGCAAAGUCGUAUGCGGCAACCAGAAGUCUGGCUGAAGCAAGAGGAAAUAGUAGAACGACAAGCAAUUCUGGAGAAGUCAAAGAACCACUUGUUUUUGCAAAUUGGCCAAGCUUUAAUUCAUACAAUGCGGCGCAACAAAGUAGAUUGAACACGUCGUUCUUAAAUGGAAGGCGGACUAGUUCUUUUGCGGAAACAAGCCAGAAAGCCGUAGAACACAAGCUCUCCGACCCAGACUCAGUAAGUUGA